AUGGUGAUUUUAAGAGUAUUAUCAGGUCGUGAGUGGGUCGCCGGUCACCAUGGCUGCCGGCGUCGCAACAAACCCUUAAACCAAAGGGGCAGUGCGGAUGUCGGGCGGCGGCGGCGCGGGGCUGAUGUCGUGCGUGCGCGAGGGCUCCUUGGAGCCGCCAUACCGACCGCCGCACGCCGACAACAAUACUCAUGGCGAAGGCCGUACAGCUCUCCAGACCCCAAGAGCAGUUCCACCAGCGAACUGCUAGAUGCGGAACGACAAACGAGAAGAAAAGAGGGCGCUUACGGCAGUGGUCUAUCCGUCUCGCAUGACUCCGUUUUCACUGGCGAACGGUCGGGCGAUGAAUCCAGCGAUGAGCGACCGACUCCUGCGCAUCCCAAUGUUGUCGCUACUUCACACAGGGCGGAGCUAGUAGCGGCGGUAAGACGGCGUGGUCGGGGUGACAGCGAUGAUGAUGAAGACUUGGGUCUACCGCGGAGUCCACCUGCCUCACCCCCAACAGAUAAGGCUGAUAAGCGGCACCAUGCUGGCAUUUCUCAGUCGUCGUGCAGCGAUGGCUCGUUGCUCAGCGUCGGGUCCUCCGAGAUGGACGAGGACAGCAGCAGCGGCCACCAUCACUCACACGACCAUUCCGCGAGAAGCGACCAAUCCGAUAUCUAUAAUACAUCGGAACCGCCGCCGGGCGUGGCGCCACUGUCGCACUCUGCAGCGCGACACAAAAUGGCCGUGCGACCGCGCCGAACGCACCCGGCUACUCGAAGAAAGAGAGCCACUCCAAUCGCCCCUUCAGCCUUGCCGAUAACUCCCGAACUGAACGAAGAAAUGAUACGAAGCACCACUCCUGAAGUAACUCUAAAAAGCUCAGAAGUUGUUACUGAAUCAUUCUCUUCAUCGACUACUACGAAGCAUCAUAUGAUCGUCAAAGAACAGCAACAACAACUGACACGAGAACUUAACAGAGUUCUUGAAACACCGAUCGAUACUAAACUCAAAUCUUCCUCUUUGCCACCAGGGUUAGCCCUCAGCCAAGUGGUAGGACAAUCUCCGACCAAACUGAGCCUCGCUGAGUCCAACACUCCUAGAUCAUCCAUAAAAAGAAGUAAAUCCAGCACUCAAGAUCAACCGAUAAGAGAGAGCUCUCCCAAAUUACAAACUGAAGUUCAAACCUACCACUCGGAAGAGAGAAUGAAUAAGUAUCGUUCGGAAAAGAAAUUCGCCGAAGAAUCUUGCCUCGAGAAAAAGUCUAAGUCUGAAAAGAAAAUAGAAAAUGAAGUAAUCAGAUCUUCGAAACGAGAAGAAUCGUUUUUCAGUAGACUAUUAUUGCGCAAGAGCGGCAAGAAGUCUAAGAAAGACCAGACAGACGGGGAAGGACAAGAUAAUAAGAAAACAAAAACAGAUAGAACAGCUCAGUAUAAAACCGUAGAUUCAGAUAAAAGUUAUACUUACGUCGAAGGCUUCAAACCGGUCCCCGCUGAGCGGCCGCAUAGAUCUGCCGGACAGAAAGCCUUCGCAAACCAGAUGCAUAAGCGACUCGACCAUAAAGGUGCUUACGUACAAGACGGUGCAUACAAAGAUGUCUAUAGUGCUGCAAAAGUACCCGGAGUCGAAUAUAACAUAACUGAUCUCAAAGUUGCCGAAGAAACGGACAAAUUAUUAAAUUUGGAAAUGAAAAAUCGUUUCAGUAGACGCGAGGAGUUUUACGAAAAAGAAAGGCCGCGGCAAAGAAGAACUUCAUCUAAGGAAAGCAUUGAAGAAAGUAAAAAAGAAUCGUUUAGUUUGCAUCACGAUAAAUCCAAAAGACCCGCCUCGGUCCAAAGACUGAUCGAUCCAUUUUCAUCAAAAGCUUUUCUGUCGAACGAAAUCAUGUCGAGGUCGCACGAAGAGACUUUAUCGACGGCCGUUGAAACUUCAGAAGAAAUAACUCGAGCGAUGCGAAUUAGAAAUGUUAAGAGCGACAACGUUUUCCACUCCGGCAGUAUGCCUAAGAACCUUCCUUAUUUCAAUCCAAGUAUUACUAUUUCCAGUUCGCCACCGAAGCCUUCUCACCACAGUUCUGAAAAUGUGAAACACAGUCGCCCCGAAAUAACAGACUAUCGUGAAAAGCAAAUCUUCAAACGAGACAGUUUUCAUAUCGGCAAGACGGAGGAAUCUUACGUCACGUCCGGUCUAAGAUCUCUCGGUGAUGAAUACGUUGAAACUAGAAACAGUCUAGGAAAAUCACACAGUUUCCGUUAUGCUUCUGAAUCUCCAUCAAUAAGUUCCCAAGAAAAUCAGAUGCCAAGCUUGCCAACAAUUGUCGGAUUUCCUGAACCCCUUCUUGAGAGUUGGGAAGUCAAUUAUAGACGAAACGUUAGCGAGAGGCACGAUUUUUCCAAAAGAAUUUCCGCCAGGAACUAUAACAUUCAAGGAAACAGCGAUGCGUACGACAGCCUGCCUAGCACUGAUAGUAGUUAUCUAGACAGUCUUAAACCUGAUAUUAAUGAAGACACAAAAUUGUUCACUAAUAGCAUUCACAUCACAAUGGAUACUCAUAAACGCGAUAGCGAUAUAUCUCAAAUAGAGGCUAAGAUUGAUGAUAUUAUUAGUUCGCCUAAGCCUAUUAUAGCCCCAAUACUCAAAUCGAGUUCUUUGGAUAGCAUUAAGAGCAGUCCUGAGAAACCUAUAGACGAUAAGAGAAAAACAGUUUCCGUAGAAAGCGCAUUAAGCAUGAGUGGCAAACAACUUAGCCAGAAAGAAUUAAAAUUGGACAAUGAAAGUUUUAUAUCUGUCACUCACAUUAAUAAAGAAACAACACCAGUUUCGACAAAAAAUGUAGAAAUACCUAAAAUUAUUAAGAGCGACGAAAAAUUACAAAAAGCUGGCGUAACGAAAGGCGUCCCAGAAUUUUUGAAUAUCCAGUUGAAUAGAGUUGACACAAAACCAGUUUCAAAUGUUGUUUUAACGGCGAAUGUGACUCCAAAAAAAUCUGAUGGGCUUCAAAGCGAUAAGGAUCAAGAAGUUGAAAGUUUUCUCUUAACAGAAACUAAAACCGUCAAUCAAACCAAGAGAGAUUCUAUUAAAAGUAUGGACAACACGCCAUUGUAUGAUGAUAAAUUUUCUCCCAAGACACCUGUUACGCCACAGAGUCCUAUGACUCCCAAAAUAUACUUCAAGAGAAAAUCCACCAGUGUCGAACAUGAGAGACUUGAAAAGCCCCGAGCUAAUUCCGUAAGCACCGAUGGGAGCACAGAAAAAAUAGAUGACAACAUAUCAAUGGACAGAAAAUCACAUUCAAGUUUUGGUAGCAAAAGCUCAAUUCAAAGCACAGACAGUAAUGAAAACAAAAUUCCUGACAGGCACGAUGAAACUGUUAUUUAUCGCAAAAAGCCUAUCCUCAACAGAGACUCGCGACAAAAAAAUGACGACGAACCAGAGCUUAUGAAGGUGUUUGCACGUCGCUCUCUUAAACUUAAAGAUUCAGACGCCGAUAGCAUAGCUCAGGAAAUAGCAGAGAAAAGUGACGCCAAUGGCAACAAAAUAGAAGAAUCGAUGCGAUGUAAAUCUUUAAAAAAUGAAUUUAACGCAUCUAUUAAAUCUAGAGACAGCGAUAAGGAAAACGAAGAAAAAGAAAGCAUAGAAAACAAAUCAGUAGACAUCGCAGCGAGAGUCAGUCAGUUUGGUGUUCCGCACUAUCAAAGAAGCAUUAGCAUCCACAGUGUGUCCACGAAACGAGAGACUACGCCCACUUACAGAAAUGAAGUCAAUAAAUACAAAAAAGAAGUCUCAGAUUCCACACCAGAAAAGAGAUUAAGAAACAGAACUUUCCCGGACCCUUCCAACGAUAGAGAGGAAAUUAAGAACAUUACAAAAAGUGAAUCCUACAAAGCGGAUACCUUGACAAAGAGACCGUGGCAAAGGAAAGAUGAAUUUAGAUUGUCCGUUGAGAAGGAUAAAAAGGAAAGUGCUGUGAUAGACAAGGACGCGGAUAAAGAGAAGGACGAGGCGAAAGAUAAGGAGGAAGCAGAUGCGUCGCCACAAUUCAAAGGAAUUCUGCAGAUGAGAGCGGAAUGGGAAAGACGUGCGAAACAGGGAAUGACCAAAUAA